AUGGAUCAGAAUCCAUCACAAACACCGACCAGCUUGCACCGUUCUUCCGUCGUCGCCAGCUCCCUUCCUCCCGAAUAUUGGAAUCCCCUCGAUUCACUCUAUCCCGCACCGGAUCUCCAACAACAACAGCCGCAACUUCCGCAACAGUCACAGCUGCCACAGCAACCGAGUGCUUCACAACAGCCACUAGGCAUCAGCUGGGAUCAUCCGAUUUUCCACCAGGAGCAACCACAACCACGAAACCAGAUCCCGCGCCAUCAGGAGCAGAAUCAUGGAAUCUAUUCGCCAACGCCCCAGUCAUGGCAACCCAAUCCUCUAUAUCAACCAAUAAUGCCAUCCUCCAAACCGCAGGGACUUAGCGUACAGCCGCAAUACCCUCAAGUCCACCAAUUUCCUCAGUCACAUCUUGCGUUCGAUUCACAAUCGAUUCCGUCAGGUAGCACGACUUUCGAUGCCAUUCCUUUUCCACAAGACUUCUUUCCUCCGCAACGGCUCUCCGUGCCUGAUAUUGCGACACAGCCGUCCUCACAGCAAGCGACUCCACAGCCUACACCUCCCGCUCCAUACCAAUCAAAUGCGCAACAGAAUCCCAUAAACCAGUACUCAAUCCCUUCGGGGUUCCCUGAAGAAGCUUCGCAUACCUCGAUCAAUUUCCCGAAUGGUUUCUCGGAUCCUGGCACGAAUCAGCAGACCAUCAACCCUCUAUUUCUUAAUACCCCUCACCAAUCUGGGAAUCAACAGCAUGCACCUAUCAAUGAUAACUUCCUCUAUCUAAGUCCAGCGGAUUUUGAACGGUCUAGCAAUUCGAAGCCAUUCAAUUAUUACCGGAAUGACCUUCAAGCGUCGCCCUCGAACCAACAUACCAUUGGUAAUCAAUCUAUCGCAGCUCAAUUUCCAAAGGUGGAAGUAGUUAUCAAUAACGCGCGAGCCCCAGCAGGCAAGAAGCCAUUGGCCCCUCAGAACAGAACCGCAGCUCAGAAGCAAGUGAAAACCCAGGCUAAACGAGCGGGAAAACAAACAAGUGAUGGGUCAUCCUCCGGCUCUGAAAGUGAUUCCAGUAUCGAGAUCCAACUUCCCCCUGAAGAACCCUCUCCUAUUCCACCAGUUCGUCCUAGCGAGCCGCUUGCUGCAGCACGAUAUGAUACCCUUUGGGCUGUCUGGUCGCCACGUAACAGACGACCCAACUCUGAAAAAGUCAAGAAUGCGCUGGUCGCAUUUAAGAACGUUGUCAAGGCUGUAAGAGAUACGUGGAAAGAGCGUUCUCAAGCCAUGAAGACGGCCGAGAAUAAGGGUGAAAACGACAAGGCAAUUCAAUUCAAAAACGAAGUUGUCUUUCAACGGCGCCUCAUGGACGUGGUUGUCAGUACCACUCUGGAAAUGGGCCAUCCGAUGAUUGUUGAGAAGUUGGGUGAACACCCCAUGGCCGUCUCUGCCAUGUAUUCGUUCCUGCUGGACCGUCAUCAAGCUGCCGAUGUUGACGGAACAUUGACGGUCAACAUUCUAAAGUUACUUUCUCAUUUUGUUACGGUAGAUGAGGAUGUGCUUCAAAAAACUAACGUUGCCAAAUUACUCCCCAGGUUCUCAAAGAAGGGUGGCCAAGCUGUCAAGGAGCUUACGAAGAGAAUUCUAGACAACGCUGCUUCAUCCACGAAGCGCAAACAAGGAUCUAAGGAAGACUCGCCCAGCAAAAAUACUACUCCCGAUGCUACAACCACCAAUGGGUCUCGUGUCGAAGCGGCUGGUUCAAAGCGUCCUCGAGACGGUGAGAGCAGAGAAGGAGGCGUACAGCCUGCUGCUAAACGGAUGGUCGUCACCUCGAAUACCAAGAAUCCCUCGAAACCUGGAAAUACCGGUAUCGCCAACGGUGCCACGGCCAAGCGUCCACAGGAGACAGGACCAGACGCUAAAGCAACGACUGCAACCGCUGCACGUCCCAAGGCCAACAUCAUUGCUCCCAAGCCAACCAAUCUCUUUGGAAGUUUGAGCUCUGCUAAGAAAAGACCCGGGACUUCAAAUGCAGAGAGAGCCGCAGCAGCCGCGAAGUCGAAUGUCCCUGAGAAGAAGAGAGAAGCGGCUUUACCACCUCCCAAGCCGGCAUUCUCACUUGGCGAUAUCAUGGCAGAUCUUGACAAGCCGAAAGAUCCCGGUCCUGUUGAGCCUACUGAGGAUAAGCCUCCUGAGACUGAAGAGGAGCGGAAGAAGAGGCUCCGGAAGGAAGGUCGCCGUAGGCUGCGUGUUAGUUGGAAGCCUGAUCAUUCUUUGGCUGAAGUCCGCCUCUUCACACAUGACCCUGAAGAGGAGCUUGGUCCUGGCGAUCGUCGACAGCGGCAGGCUGGCGAUGUGAAAGGCGAAGGCCGCAUCCUUAAGUUGCACAAAGACCUGGAUGAAUUGGGUGAAGAAGAUGAAGGUGGCAUCAAAGAGGAAAAUCUGCUUGGCUACCGCGAGUUGUCAGGUAUGCAAUCACUGAAACUUCCACAUCUGAUCUACGUGCUAACGAGUCUAGAAAUUGAUAACGCCGAUAUUACACCGGACGAUCGUGCCAGGAACUACAUCAAACGUGGAGGUACUCAAGAGCCAACUAGCCAGGAGAAGCAAGCCCAAGACCACCGGGAAGCUACCACGCUUAUGGUGUUCUACACCUCGCUUGCUGACAUACCACCAUCACCGAAAGAGCCACCUCCGCCCAGUGAGGAUGAGAUUAUCCCGGAGGUGCAGAUUUUUGGUGAACUGCCCGACCACGUAAAGGUUAGACAAGAACGAUACUUCGCCUACGUCAAUCCGAAACCGGCACCGGUUGCGCAGCCGGCUGCUCCAACGAACCAAUUCGAUAUCUCCAACCUGCUGAAGAUCAUCCAAAGUGCAACCCAGCAGCAACAACCGCAACAGCCAGCCCAGCCUCUUCCCACACCGCAGCCAGUCUCGCAGGCGCCUACAUCUGACCUUGAGCGGACAGUGAAUAUGUUCCGCCAGCAACAAACGCCGGCACCGCUGCCUCAAAUGCCCCAGUUCCCUAUGCCUCAGCCCGCAGCCACACAAGGCAUGGACUUUGGGAAUAUUUUUUCCAUCAUGAAUGCUCAAAAUCAGAUGCAGCCGCCGCCUGUAUUCCCUCCAGCUCCACAGUCGCAGCCUGGAAUUGCUCCAAACCUUGCCGCUAUUAUAUCCCAACUUAGCAACCAGAACCAAGGCGGUAAUCCAUCCACCCAGGUCUACGAAGAUCCAGAACGCAAGCGCAUGCGCGAGACUAGCGGGUUUGACGGCGCUGGUGAUGAUAAAUUCAACCCUUCCAAGCGUAAUCGGCCUAAUGGACCUCACAAGAAACACCCCAAGGUUGGAAUAGUCCCGUGUCGAUAUUGGAAAGAGGGAAAGUGCCUAAAGGGUGACGAUUGCACAUUCCGCCAUGACCCUCUCACUUAG